UUCUUGCGCUCAUCUUCAUUCCCUAACCCAACUUCGCGCUCUUCCCUUCACGCAAACGAAAUCCAACAUCUGCAGAAUCUUCUACCACUUAAGGGUGUGCGUUGAUCUCUGUCCAUUUUGGCGGCUUCUAAUUCAGUGCUUCUCGUCCGCGCUUGUUUGCUUCCCCAAUACAUCGUCUCGCACCGUCCAUUUGCAGGCCCAACAUCCCGGCACGUAUUCAAUGACAUGGAGUAUACAGGGUCGCCAGUGAAGCGGAAGCCGCUCGCCGCACCUUUCGACGUCUAUGAGGAUGUUGGCAGUGAGGAGAACCAGACACUCUUAAAGCGCACAACUGGCGCCGUGCCCUUGCCGCUGGCCACGACGCGGUCAAUAAAUGUCAUCUCGCCCAAGAAGCCGAAGAUGGACCACAAUCCGGUUGAUGACUUGCUCGCGAAGUUGACCGAACACCAAGCUGUUUUGCGCCGGAAGGAGGAUGUGCAAGCCGAAAAUGUUGAUGACGGCGACUCAUCAGCCGCUACAGAUCCGUAUGCGGGAACGCCACCCUUGACGGGUGACGGUCGUCCGGAUGCUGCAGAGGUGCUUCGCCUAAAGAAAGAGCUCGCCUCGGCGCAAGAGCGCAUGGCUCAGAUGGAUUUGCAGCUUUCCAGAGACCGUCGCAGCCGGUUCACGCAAUCAGACUUCGAUCAGAGCCUCAUUGCCAGACACACGGUCGAGGAGGCCAUCGGCUCGCCAUUUCCAGCGGCGCAGCAUCUUGCCAUGAGCAUGACUUCGUACCCUCAGCUGGCGCCGCUACCGCAGCGUGGCUGUGGAGGUGACGGUGCGAUCAUCGAGCAGCCAAUGCCCAUGAUGCCAAGAGCUCGCUCCAGACCAGGCUACACGCCACCACUCACUCCUUUCGGGUUUGUCAGUCACCCAGGCUUCGCUCAGCAGCCACCAUCUCUUUCGCUUGAAGCUGGACGUCAGCCGCGGCAAUAUGGCGGGCUUAGCCGCAGAAGCAAUCUUUCACCGGUUGCGGCCGAGUAUCACCAGCAGGGCUGGGGAGCGCCCGCGUCAUCCACGCAGGUGAACUAUAUGAGCACUGCAGAGCCGCUUAACUACCGCCGUUUGCUAGACCGUGACAUGAGCUGCAACUGGCGGUACAUUGUUGACAAGAUCGUGUGCAACAAUGACCAGCAGGCUUCCAUCUUUCUCCAGCAGAAGCUCAAGGUCGGCACAUCGGACCAGAAAUUAGAGAUCGUACAGGCUAUCAUCGACCAGGCGUAUCCACUAAUGGUAAACCGCUUCGGCAACUUCCUUGUGCAGCGCUGCUUCGAGCAUGGUACGCCAGAGCAAGUCAUGUUAAUCGCUCAAGCUAUCCGCGGCAACACACUCAACCUCAGUAUGGACGCUUUCGGGUGCCAUGUCGUCCAGAAAGCUUUCGACUGUGUUCCCGAAGAGUACAAAGCAAUCAUGGUCCACGAGCUGCUUCGCCGCAUUCCGGAGACCGUGAUCCAUCGCUACGCUUGCCACGUUUGGCAGAAACUUUUCGAGCUCCGCUGGAGUGACUCGCCGCCGCAGAUUAUGCGUUACGUUAAUGAGGCGUUACGUGGCAUGUGGCACGAGGUUGCACUAGGUGAGACUGGCAGCCUUGUCGUACAGAACAUCUUCGAGAACUGUCUUGAGGAAGACAAGCGUCCAUGCAUCAACGAAGUCUUGGCGAGCAUUGACGUCGUCGCUCACGGCCAGUUCGGCAAUUGGUGCAUCCAGCACCUUUGCGAUCACGGUUCGAUUCCAGACCGCACGCGUGCCGUUGACCAUGUGCUUCGGUUCGCCAUCGAGUACAGCAUGGAUCAGUUCGCCUCGAAGGUCGUAGAGAAGUGCCUGAAGGUUGGCGGCACUGACUUCCUUGACCGCUACCUCGACCGCGUAUGCGAGGCUCAUCUUGAGCGCCCCCGUAUGCCCCUCAUCGACAUCGCCGGUGACCAGUUUGGCAACUACCUCGUCCAAUACAUUCUCACUCAAGCCGACUCCCAACGCCGUGAGGUUGUCGCCGCUCACAUACGCAAGCACAUGGUAUCCCUCCGUGGCUCCAAGUACGGCUCUCGGGUCGCCAUGCUUUGCUGCAAUCCCGCCUACGCCACGCGCCCAGGUCCGGCUAACAGUCUUCCACCCAGUCGGAGCAACAGCCGCUAUGGCAAUGAUUACUUCGGGGCCCCUGAGCUUAGUCGUACCUACUCUGGCGAGCGUCAGUAUGGCGGCGGGCGCACCAAUUACGCCGGCUACCGCUAA